AUGUAUAUAUCUCUCUGCCUUUCACCUAAUACUCUCUCUGCCUCUCUCAGUUUUUCCCUUGUAUCUCUCUCGGUCUCUCACCUAGUUCUCUCUCUGUCUCUCUCAAUUUCCCAUUUGGCUUGCUUUGUCUCUCACCUGGACUUCUCUCAAUUUCAUUGGCUAGGUCUGUCUAUCUCUCUCUGUCUUCCACCUGAAUCUCUCUCUCUCUCUGUCUCCCACCUGAAUAUCUCUCUUUGUCUCCCACCUGUAUAUCUCUCUCUCUCACAUAGUUUCUGCCUCUCUCAAUUUCUCACCUGGCUAGCUCUGUCUCUCUCUCAAUUUCUCCCUUGUAUCUCUCUCUCUCUUUCUCUCUGUCUCUCACCUGGAUUUCUAUCAUGUUCCUUGAACUAUUCUUCAAUUCUCUGUUUCUCCUCCCCAUCUACUUCAUCUUCCAUUUUUGUCUCAGUCUCUAUCCGGCACCCGCUUCCUCCCCACAGACCUGUCAUACCACAACUUGAUCUGUUUUUAUCCUUCAAUGCAAACAUAAUGAAACAGUUUUUCCUUACAAGUGCUUUUCUUUAUUGCUUCUCCCUCCUCCAUCACUUCACAAAUAUCAACCAACAUUCUCAUCUUUUUCUACUCGACUCUCCUGUUUUCUUACUCUCCCUCCCCUAUCUCUGCAUGCUAUUGGUUUAUGCAACAAUCAUGGAUCCAUCAAAAUUCAUUCUAUCCACUUCAUCAAACUGA